AUGUCCUGCUUCAGUCUUAAACUAUCCUCCUACCUUACAGCUUUGUUUAAGUUUUUUAAACUAAAAAAAACUUUAAUUUUAGGCAAAUUAUUAUCAUGUUUUGUCAUUGGCGGAGAAUGUCGUCUCUGUUUUCCACAAAUGAAAGCACUUUGUCUUGGAGAUAUUCCAACAUAUAAAAUUGAUGAAAUGAUGAAAAAUUUGGCAAUAAUAAAUCCACAUUCGAGUGAAGAACAAUUAAAUGUUUUAAAAAGGAAUCAAAUAGUUCCGUCAUAUUUGCCAAAAUGUGAAUUAAUAACAAAAACAAAUGCUGAAAGAUUAAUAGCAAUGUUAAAAUUAACGGGAUCUCCAGCACCUUUCGACCUCCUAAACAACCAACUACGAAGUUUAUUGCUUCCAUUAAAAGUUGCCCACGACUGUUUUGGUGGUUGUAAAGGAUAUCUCUACCCGACAUUAACUCCAAAUCCUUGCUUAGAAUGCAAAACGUGUCAUAAUAUGUUUAAACCUGAAGAUUUCUGUCUUCACACACAUUCACCGACGAACGGGAAAAACACCUGUUUUUGGGGUUUUGAUGCAACAAAUUGGCCAUACUACAUUAGAAUUGAUGAUGAAACAACAGAAGGGGAUGAAUUAAUUUUGUUUAAAAGAAACCAAACUUUGGAGGAAGAAGAAAAUCGUUUAGCUAUAUUUAUCCAAACUUAUUUGGCUAGACAACAACAACAAACAAUUCCUUAA